AUGAAAAAGCAACCCACAGACCCCUUGAACUUCAAUUUAAACCGGUUCUCAAUCCUAGGCGCAUUGCCAGCGGCAUCGCCUUUGCCAGAACCACCAGCCCCGCAAUCGCAGCCGCAGUCAAAACCGGAACUGAAACCCUCAUCACAACGACCUAGCAUCGACAAGAUAAUCCGUAUUUCCCCCACCUUCUCUACCACCUCAUCUAGAGUACUUUCGUAUCAAGAAUGGUCUCAUACCAACCUCUUGCCGGAGCAGCUGGCAAGGCUUGGAUUCUACCGCCGACCCCGUGACGAGACACCCGAUAACGUCUGCUGCUUCAUAUGCGGAAAGGAGACAUCGGACUGGGACUCAGAGGAACUUUACACUACGCAAAAAUUACUGGGAUACCACGACAACGAAUGCCUAUGGGCAGACAUGCUUCGAGACCUGCAGCCAUGCUUGGAGAAUGCAUCCCCCAAGCCCCUACCCGUCACGAACACCCCACCGCCAGCAACGAACCUCCCAUCCGAUACCGACAAGCCAGUUGACAUACAGCCCGAAUCAACGAUACCAUUACAUUCGCCUCCGACAUCCACUAACAACAUAGUCACCACGCGACCGACAUACGCUUCCGUUCUGAAGACACCUCCAAAACCUCAACCGCCACCCGAGCUCAGAUCGGCCCCAUCUACUCGGUCGCUGUAUUUGUGA